AUGGCUAAGGGAUCGCGCUCAAGUUCUAUCAAGGCGAAUAAUGUCGCCUUAAAGAAGAAGGUCUUUGGUCCAGUCGAGACUGCACGAGCAGAGAGGAUGCAUGCGAAACUUCUGGAAUUGAUCGCACAACCAAAGCCAUCAGCGAAGAGCGAAGAUGUAGAAAUGGACGUCAAAGACGGAGAAGACGUUGAAGAGGCAUCCGCGAAAGAUACUUCGAGCAAAGCCGUUUCCCCUCCCCAAGAAAAGCCAUCCGAAGAAAUGGAGGUAGAUGCUAUUAGCAAGGUUGGCUCAAUGUCAAAGAAUCGUAUCUCGAAGAGAAAAGUUAACAGUCGCAAAUCAUCCAUGACAUUCGUUACAUACAAGAAGGGAAAGAAAGUAGGAGGAGGUGGAUCGCAAAAGAUCUAUUGA